CGACGAGACAACACGUGGACACUCAUUGCUCCAGAUCCCUAAUUCGAAACACCUCGUUGGCGCACAAUGAAAGCUGUCACGCUUCUGACUAUUGGCGGCAUCGCGUAUGGAAUUCUAGGCGUUUCCGCCGUGGAUAAUAACACUCGUCGCCCGGCCGGAGGCGUCCUGCGCAGCAGAGCGCACGACCAAUUUACCUGCUCCGAUCCACCUGAAAAGGGACCAUGCAACGAAACCAUUACCCGUUUCUACUUCAAUGUCCAAACCAAGACCUGCCAGGAAUUCGUCUACGGCGGCUGCCAGGGCAACGUGAAUAACUAUGAGACUAACGAAGAGUGCAGAGUCAGCUGUGAAUUGCGUCCGAGACCUUUCUGCUACCUGCCGAAAAAGCGAGGUGCAUGUUUCAGCAAUUACCCUCGCUAUUUCUACAACGCCACCAGUGAAAACUGUGAACAGUUCGCCUACAGUGGCUGCAGGGGCAACGCAAACAACUUCGUUGAGAUCGACGAAUGCACCCGCAUGUGCUCAAAGUACCUGUAAGAGUGAAAGAAGAGAAGCAGAAGCCAUUUUUACGAACGACAUGAAUUUCGGCACUUUCAGUGGACCUACUGUCAUUCGGUAAUUUGAUGCGCCAAAAUUCUUCAAGAAAUAAAAAUUGCAUAGGCAUUAUUGUAUCUACAAGCGGCAGUUUUAAUAAAGAACAGAUAAUUUUCACAA